CUUAUAAUUAUAGCUUCAUGAACGUACAAAAAGUAUUUAUAUUUUUUCGCUAGAGCGAAAGAAGAAAAGAUAAACGUAACUUCAUUAAUUAAAAGUUGAUUAGCAUUGAUUAAUAACGAGCGCGGAAAUUUAAGAAAGCUCUGACGCAGUGAAUCACAAUCGUAUGAACCCAUUGGUGUCGGCCAAUCUAUUUUAAGUCUAUCCUGAAGGCUGUAAACGCGGAGCAACAAAAUCAGACUAGUCCCUGUCCGUUUCCCGUAUGAAAAAGAAACAGCACGCGCUGUCAGGCAAAAUUGAAAUAAUGUAUUCCGAUUCAGAAGACAUGGCGAAGGAGGUCAAGCAGAAACUCAUACUCCAUUGGAAUUAUCGGGGACUCAAAGAGAUACCCGAGGUGGUGAGAACUUACGGUAGCCACAUCGAGGAAGUUUAUCUGAAAUGGAAUCAACUAACGUAUUUACCAAUCUGGAUUGCCGAGUUGCAUAACAUAAAAAAUCUCUAUCUUUAUGGGAAUCGCAUUCACAAUCUGCCCGAGCAAUUCGGAGCUGUGCGCCAAUUAACAGUUCUCGACUUGAGCGCUAAUCAAUUCCAAUCAGUGCCAGGAUGUAUUGGAGAGCUCAGCAACUUGAAAUCCCUGCUCUUGAAUGAUAAUUCUAUAAAGAAACUGCCAGCCGAAUUGCAUCGGCUUGAGAGACUUGAGGUAUUGUCUAUAUCUGGUAACCGAUUGGUCACUUUGCCAGAGUGGCUUGGAUCACUUCCAAAUCUACGUGAAUUAAAUGUCGAUAAUAAUCUAUUGAAAGAAUUGCCUAAUAGGCUUACACUGGCUUCCGAGUUAUCAAGCAUUUCUGUAUGCUCCAACAGAUUAAGAUAUUUACCGUUAAAUGGAUUUCUAUCUAAUCCUAUUAUAAGAUUUGACUCGAAUAACUGCCUUAAUUAUUUAUCUUAUAUAGUACUGUGUCAAAUGAUUAUAGCUGUUCCACGUCCAAGAAACGUUGGAAACGUUCUGGCAUAUGGAUGUUUUAAUAUACAUAAAGAAGGUAAUUUAUCUCAUAAUAAUAUCAAGCUCAUUAUAAGCGCACACACUGCCAACGAGGAAUUGAUUAAAAUUCCAAUUGAAUUGCCAAGGCAAUUAUUAAAAGUAUAUACCGUCCAUGAAAAUAGAACAGUCUCCCUGUGGGAAUUGGCAUUGAGAAAAAUAUAUAAUUCAAGGUAUCGACAUACCGUGGAGAUUUUUGUUUCACCAUUGAAAGUAAAAGUGUCGCAUCAAUUGGUUAGGAAAAGAAAAUUAUCACAGCAUCUUCCCGACGACUAUGUGCCAUAUAAUUUAAUUGAAAAUGGACCAAUAAGCAUCUGCACGAAUCCCCACUGUCAGGAGCCGAUCUUUACAGAAGCCUGGGUGACCGUUGGAAUGGGUCGUUAUGUUUAUUCCAUACCGACUGUCGCCCUGUGUUGUAGUAGAAGCUGUGCAUCUAAGUACGUGGCGUUCUCAGGCGGUAUAAUGAAUCUCCUAUGGCACAUAGCAGAUGACUGAUCACAUUUAAUUAUUUAUAAUCAAUUUAUUAUGUACAAGAUUGUCGAAUGUACAAAUGCAACAAGAUUAAUCAGCCUUAA